GUAGUAGCAUUAGGACGUCAGCGCGCAUGCGCAGUGUUUGAAAGCAAUGGCGGCGCUUACGGAGGAGGCGGUUCGGGAGAGAGUUAAUUUGCGGCACCAGAACCUCGCUGAUGUCCGAUCACUGUCUCUUCCUGGAACUUACCAUGAAAAGAUUACUCAUUUAGGAAAUUCUCUGAAAAAUUUCACUCGUCUAAAAUCCUUAGACCUCUCUCGCAAUGCAUUGGUUAGCUUGGAGGGCAUUCAGCAUCUGAUAUUUUUAGAAAAGCUCAAUCUCUAUUACAAUCACAUUUCAUCACUAUCAGAAAUAUUUCGACUUCAUAGUUUAACUGUACUCAAGGAUGUGGACCUCCGUCUGAACCCUGUAGUUAAAAAUGAGUCUGAUUAUCGUCUUUUUGUUGUGCACAUGCUUCCUAACCUUAGACGCUUAGAUGAUCGACCAGUGAGAGAUAGUGAACGAAAAGCAUCCCUUUUGCAUUUCACCACAGAUCAUGCAUUUGAAUUAAAAGAUUCUUCACCAACAGCAAAAGUGAAUGAAAUUGAAAGAUCUGGUCAGCCACGGAUAGCAUAUAUUAACUCAAUGUCAAGGAAGUGUUCAGUGAUGGAUGAAGAAGAUGAAGCAGUGCUAAACUUAAUUACAAAGUGUGAAUGGGACUUGAGCAAACCUCUUGGAAUAACAGGAUCUGCUAAAAAGGACCCUGAAGUAGAAUUUCACAGUUUACAAAGUAUUCGGAAUAUAGAAGAUAAUGUUGGCAUUACUAUGAAUAGGAAAUCUGAAACCAGACCCAAGAGCCUACAAAUGUGGAAGCAACAAGCAAAUAUGCCUAUGGAUGUUAGUUCAGAAAACAGAAAUGCGUUGAAAGUUCAGGAAACUGACAAAGAGUACAGAAGUUUGCCUGAUUGUUCACCAACUCUGCCUGUUGUACAUAAUACCAUUAAGCAAGGGAAUGAGAAAAGGAAAAAUAGCACCAAAGUUACAUUUUCAGACAAUAAGACUCAAGAUCUUCUUAAGAAAGAUCCUAAUCUGAAAUUUCAAGAUGAGGCUGAAUCUUAUAAAAAAAUUACAACCCAUGCCAAUUUCACACCCCAUCCAGACUCUCAAGAAAUUUCUUCUCCAGUCCUCUCCUCUCCAAAGAUACAUUCACAGGCUCAGAAGAUUUUUAAUACAUUAUCAGCAUCUAGAUUACUUUGCAAUAGAAUAUCACAUAAUGGAGGAAACCAACCAGUUCAGAACCAAACUUACUCUGCAGCUUUGCAGAAAAAUAAUAGACAACCUAAUGUUAGUGGGAAUGUGUCUAAACAAGAAACCAUGCAAGAGUGUGGCAGAAACCAUCCUCCUUCCAUUCAGGGACCUGGACCUGAAGAGCAAAGGCCAAAUAGAAAAACUACAGAUGUUAGAGAGGUGUUUGAAACACAUCAAGUAGCAACUCAAUCCGCUAAUAAACAUCUGUAUGAAGCAACACCUAUGGAACAUCUUCUGGACUUAGUGGACAAAUAUUGGAAUGGUUAUAAAUCACUCCACUGCAAUGAGAAAUUUCUUUCUCAGGCAGGACCUGUUUUGUCUGCAAUGCAGAAAUCUGCACCUGUGGAUCAACAAAAAGAUUCUGCAACAAUGUGUCAGGAGGUGAAUAAUCUGCUCUUAGAGAAAAAGACUUUACAAAGUCAUUUGUCUGAACAAGAUCAACAAUACAGCAUAAAGAUUAACAGUCUGAUGUCAGAACUGAGCAAUACUCAAAAAGACAUGGAUAUCUUGAAGCAACGUUUAGACCAGUUGUUGGAAGAGAACACUAACUUAAAAGCUCAUCUGUUAAAUGUGGAACAGAAUGUCAAAAAUGCAGACAGUUCUAGUUCAUUACAUUUGCAACUUAUUGAUCUGCAAAAGGAGAAUCAACAGUUAAGAAGUGAAAACAUCAGCUUGAAACAGCAUCUUCAGCACUAUGAUCAGAUUCAAGAGCUCACUGAGAUGUUGCAGGAAAGCCACAGUUAUAGAAUUACUCAUCUGGUGAAAGGAUAGAAGGGCCAUGACCCCAGUCCCUUUUUGUUAUGUUUUUUUGCUUUAGUAAGUUGCUCUCUCUCUCUCUCUGUUUUGGGGAGAUGCUAGAAAAAGUUCCCCUUAUAAACUUUGUUUUCGUAUGACUUACAAUUUUUGAUACUUGUUCUUAGGAUCAGUGUCAGUAAAUGUCUGAAAGACUGCUUUAUAUAACUUCCUUUCAGCAUGAUCUGGAGAUGGGACAAAACGAGGGGGGAAAUCUUCAGCUUCAGAUAAAAUGGAAUGUAAAUCCCAAUUUUGGAUUUGGAAAAACAAAAGCAACCUUGGUCUUGCCCAUUUGUGUCCUAAACAUAUGGGGUGGGAGUCUGUGCUGUGAUUCUGAAGGGGGAGGGUUACCAUAAUAAGAUCAUACAGUAUGUCUAUAUCUUGGCAGUUAUGAGGAUUUCAAAAUUAACACAACAGCUUAUUUUAUAGUUGUUUCAGUGGCUAAAAACUAGUUGGCCAGAGCUUCAGUAAUGUAAAAUACAAUUUUUCAUCAGCUGAGGAUUUGGUCCAGUGAAGGCAAACUUGUUCAUAUGGCGAGCACUUCUAUUUCAAAUGUAUUAUUGAGACUAAUCUUUCCAGUAAGGAAUGUUUACUUGGUCAUAAAUUAUUCCUAAAAAUCUCUCUUUGAUGCCUCUUUUCUUUUCCACAUUCAAAGUGGAAAAAAAUAGCCACAGUAGUUUAUUCUGUAAUAGAAUUACUAAGAAAAAGUAGCACCCAAUAGAAACGUGAAAGGAAGUUAAAAGAAGUGAAUGGUUGAAAUAAUAAGCACAAUUAGUUGUUUGGAUUGUUUAUUUGCAGAACUUUGGUUUCUACCAAUGAGCAUCUCCUGCAAGAAUUAGCAGAGACACGUACACGACACAGGACUGAAGUUGAGCAGCUCCACUGGAAUUACAAUCAGUUAAAAAAAACUAUGGAUAAACAUCCUCAUAGCAACAUGGACAACAGCAGGUGUUAGUGACAAUACAAGGAAAUUUGUUGUAAAAUGAUUUAUAAGAAGUGAUACCCUUGAGUUCAUCUAACUGUGUGAGCAAACAUUUACAACUACACCAUGAGUUGAUGUCUUUGAUACCUUUUAUUUAUUCAGAAUCGUUUUUCUGUCUUUGUGCAUAGAAAUUGUUCAUCAGAGACUUUCCAGAACAAAUCUUCACUUUCUUUUUUACAGAAACAUGGAUGUGCAUGAUGGCAGUUUAAACCCAGUCAGAAAUUUUGGUUGAGCGCUUUCAGUCCAGAAGUCAGAGCUACCUAAAGUUAAAUGUGAGUUCAAAAUUAGAACUAUUAUCUUGAAAUCAGGACCAUAAGUGCCAGUGGUUGAGUUAGUUCAGAAGGACAUAGCUCAUAUUUUUUAUAUAUAAAUGUAGUAUAGCGUAAGUUGAAUUAUAGCACUGAUCUGUACUUAUGCACUGGAUACUGCUGUCCAUAUUAUCAAAUGUAACAUUAAACAUGGUUUAGAAAGGAAACUUUUUAGGGAAAGAAAAUAUUUACUGCUUGUUCUUUCAAUUUCACUGUGGAUGAGCACCUGUAACAAAAGUUGAAACUUUUCAAAGAAUGUAUCUGUGAUAGUCGUUUGGCCUAUGUGUGAUUGAUAGUUACUUUAGUUAUUCCAUUACAAAUAACACUUUCCUUGCACAUCCAUCAUUGUCUAAAGCUUUUAUUUUACUCUUACUCUCCAUAACCAUACUGAGUAUGAGCUGUACUCUUUCACCUACAAGUACACUAAGAGUUACAUUCUCUACUGAGAUCCGCCCUCUUUGGACUCUCAGGCAGCACAAAGAGGGUGGACUCUAGCCAGCAAAAAAAAUUCCCCUGUCAAAUGUGCAGUAAAUAAUCUUGUCGGAUUUUUAAAAAAUAAUUAGCAGUUAAUAUGUGAUGCAGCUUACUCUCUUCUGCAAUAUAAAUGGAUCCGGUAUAAUCCUUUUUUAUUGUAGUCUGAUUCAUAACUUUCUUGAAUAUUUUUCUCGUUAUCUUUUUCUAAUAAAAGAAAUUCAAAUUAUUUGAUCUCCUAAUAAUUACUCAAUUCUGAUAUAUAGUAAAUACAAGUCACUUUUACUAACAGCUAUUCUUGAGUUAAGCAAUAUUAAAAGUGUACAUGUAACUUUAAAAAAUGAAGGUUUUUUUUGUAGUUGGAUUAGUCAAAAGGAUUCUUGUACUUGAGACUUCCCAUAAGUAAGAGAUUGUAAAUUACGUAAUAACCAGGCCCGGUAUUUUUAAUUAAUAUUUAACAUUUGAAUGUGCCAGUUCCCAGAAGACAGCUAUAUAUGCUUUUCCUUUUUGGAUUCUUUCCAAUUAACUUAAUACAUAAACAAACCUAAAACAAAAAUCAUAUCUAUGUACUAAUAGCAGUCGCCUGUACAUUCAUGGUAACUUAAGCUCUCAUUAAUCAUAUUCAUCAUGUGGGCUGUCACUGGGUCAUGACUGGCGGGAUUCAUGGCUAGUCUGAAUAUGAUAAGCAGGGUUGGGUCUAGUUCCUCUUUAGAUAGAAGUUGUGGAACAAAUUCCCAUGAUGCUGCCUGGAUAUAGACAACUAGGCUGUGGGAUUGGGUUAAUAAAGGAAUGAAACGUUGAGCUUGGAACAGAAGCUCAUUUAUCUAAUUUUAUUAAAAUUGGACAAAUUUAGUCAUGGUACAAAACUAUUCAUUAAACAGCUGUUUUUUGUUUGUUUGUAUUUUUAAAAACCUCUAGCUUCUCCCCUACCCCUCAAUAACAAAAUAAAAAAAAGAAAAAAGAAAGAAAAAAGUUGCCUACAUGCCCAUGCUACAAGAAAGGCUAUUGGUGAUUCAGAAAGUUGCCCUUUCUUCUUGGCUGGUACUGAACCUCUGUGUUAGCAUAACCUUAAUAGCGCCUCUAACUUGAAUGAAGCUUUCUUUCCAAUAUCCUGCCAGCUUACUCUCAUUAUAGAUACUAUGACCCUUUAUGCAAGGGUUGAAGUGUUAGCCCCAGCCUCCUAGCUAAAUCCAGUUUGAAUCAUUGUCCAUUCUGUCCAUCAGGACAAUUCCCCAUGCAUCUUCUUUGGUUACAGUAUUCUUCACUUUCUGUUUUAAAUUGAUGUGUAGUGUUGCUAUGUACUGUUUUCCACCCUCAGAGACCAAUUUCAAUGGUGGCUGAAGUGACUCCUGUAAAUGAUUUGUCUCUCUCACCAACAGAAGUUGGACCAAUAAAAUAUAUUGCCUCAC